GCCGCAGGCACCGGGCGCUCCUAGGCACGCUUGGCAUCGGCAGGGGCCGCUUCGGCACAGUGAUGAGUGAUGAUGAAUCCGAGAGUGCGGGCUCCGAAUCCCAGACGGGGGAGGAGAACGAACUGCCGGUUAUCCAGCUGUGCCAGCUGGUGGAGGAGCUCAGCUAUGGCAACUCUGCUCUCAAAACUGAGACAGAAAUGUUUGAGAAAUAUUACGCUAAACUGGAACCUGGGGAUCACCACCUUCCACGAUCAUUAGAAAUUAAGAUGUCGGCAGCAGAAUACUCACAGUUACGAGCUAGGCGUAAAACCAGAGCCCGCACAGGUGUGGACCAUGGGUUAGGCCUCACUGUGGAUCAAAAGCUCGAGCUGGUACAAAAGGAGCUGGAAGACUCGAAGGAUGAGAUAAGGCACAUGAGGGCAAAUGCUGAACGGGAUCUGCAGCAUCAUGAGGCCAUCAUUGAGGAAGCUGAGAUCCGAUGGGCUGAGGUUGAGAAAGCAGUGCAUGAGUUUGAAAAAGAUAUUCUAACAACCAUAUCCAAGAAGAAAGGGAGUAUUUUGGCCACUCAGAAAGUGAUGAAGUACAUCGAAGACACAAAUCGACGGAGGGAUAAUAUGAAGGAUAAAUUACGUUUGAAAAAUGUUUCUCUCAAAGUUCAGAGGAAAAAAAUACUUUUACAAUUGAGGCAGAAGGAAGAGGUAGGCGAGGCCCUCCAUGAUGUUGAUUUUCAGCAACUGAAGAUAGAGAAUGCUCAGUUUUUAGAGACAAUUGAAGCAAGGAAUCAAGAACUGAUCCUGCUGAAACUGGCAUCUGGAGACACCCUGCAGGUCCUCAACGCCUACAAAAGUAAGCUUCACCAAGCAAUGGAAAUGUACAUCAAUCUGGACAAGGAGAUCUUGCUACGAGAGGAGCUACUUGAAAAAAUGGAAAAAGAAACCCUGCAAGUAGAGGAGGACCGGGCCAAAGCCCAGGCCGUGAACAAGAAGCUACGGAAGCAGCUGGCUGAGUUCCAUGUGCCACCAGUGAUGAUGUACAUCCAGGAGAAGAUCGUAAAUGGGGACCUGGAGAAGAGCAUCAAGAUGUGGGAAAGGAAAGUGGAGAUAGCAGAGAUGUCUUUAAAAGGCUACCGCAAGGCUUGGAAUAAAAUGAAAACAACCAAUGAGCAGUUGCAGGCAAUUUAUCUCCCGGGAAAUAGCCAGAAGCAGGCCACGACUUGCAGAUCAAGAUUUGAUCCAUUAAAGUAAUCAGCUCCUUUCUGGUC